AUGGCUCACAUGGCCGUGCUGCGUUUUCCUCUCACAUCGCAGUGCUUGCGAGCAGUGAGAAGUCCUGCACGAAGCUUUGGACGGCAUGGUGCUUCAACCUUCCAGCUGAAUGUGCUUUCGCUUCCCUACUGCCGGGGACUGGCAAGUCUUGUCCAGAAUGAACCCUCGGCAAGAUCCAGAGACUUGCCUCAGCCAUUCCAACCAGCAAAUUCAAGUCUACACCCUCUCCCUCAUUUCGACGCAAACACCCCAAAAGCAUUUUCGAUCCAAUUGGCCCAUGGCGAGCUCAGACUUAUCGAAGAUGUCUCCAAGCAGUCCACCAAGAUUCCCGGACGAUGGUUGAGAGAUAACUGUGCUUGCUCAAAAUGCCGCAACAGUGAUACCGCACAGCGUCAGAUCAAUGUUUUCAAAGGUUCAUUGGAUUGCAGCAUCGCGGAAUGCAGUACCAAUGGACAACACAGCAUCACCGUCACAUUCGGCGAUGGUCACCGAAGCGAAUUCCCAACCAACACCUUGUUGAAGCGGAGAGAGCACAAUGUUCACAAGAGCCGGCAUGGUGUCGUUCCAAUACAAGUCUGGAGAGCCGAUAUUGGAUCCUCACGACCUUCCGUGCCCUUUGGCGAUAUGGAGCGCCCCAAUGGAAUGGCAUCUCUCCUACACAAGAUUCGUACCUGGGGUUUCUGCCUGGUAGAGGGAACUCCUGCAACUCCCGAGGCCACAGAAGCUCUGCUCGAAUCGAUUGGUCCAAUCAGGAACACGCACUACGGUGGAUUCUACGACUUUACAUCGGAUCUCUCAUCAAAAGAUACUGCCUAUACCAGCGAGAGUCUUGAACCACACACCGACAACACCUAUUUCACCGAACCCGCCGGCCUACAAGCACUCCACAUGCUUUCCCACACCGACGGCUCUGGAGGCGAGAGUUCUCUCGUAGAUGGUUUCGGAGCAGCACUUCAGCUGUAUUCGGAAGAUCGAGACGCCUACCACUGCCUGAGUGAGACUGGAGUCUACGCCCACGCAAGUGGCAAUGAAGGGAUCAGCAUACAACCAUCUCGAGCGUUCCCAACACUCUCACACGAUCCGGAGUAUGGCUAUCKUACUCAAGUCCGAUGGAAUAACGCAGAUCGCGCUGGUAUCGCUGCGGACUUUACUAGUGUCGACAGGUGGUACGAUGCUGCGGCAAAGUACGAUGCCCUACUCAACGACCCAAAGAACCAGUACUGGUUUCAGUUGAAGCCCGGCCAGCUGCUCAUCUUUGACAACUGGCGGGUACUUCACGGCCGUGCUGCAUUUACUGGAAAGCGUAGAAUGUGCGGCGGGUACAUCAACCGCGAUGACUUUAUCUCGAAAUACCGCGCGACGAACAUGAAUGCGCAGGAGAUUCAAAGCGCUACAGUUACAGGGUAG